UGUCCGGAGGAGAAAAGUUCUUAUCUCGCCUCUCCCCUUCAGUCCCAGUCCCAUAUUCUGAUUAGAAACAUGAAAAAACCACAAACACAAGAGUUAUUUGUUAGAAGAGGAGCUGCUAUCAAGGAACAAGGGCUGCCUCUUUGUGUGGUUGGCUGGUGCAAGGCUUGCCUUCCAGUUUUUGGAAAAUAUCUUUAACUUAAUCACAUUCACAUGACAAACCCUAAAUUAAAAAAAAGCAACCCAUGAGUAAUGCAGAAAGGAGAGAAGCGAAAGAGAGGAGAAGUCUGAGAGCAGCGGAUCGCUUCACAGGCAGCGCGGAGCUGUCAGAGAGAGAGGGGAGGGUGCAGCCUUUGCAGAGCCGAGAUCGGGAGCAGUUUAACCCCAUCCGAUCUCCGGGCUGGCGAGAAGAGAGAGAGAGAGGAAGGUCCAGUAACCAGGCAAGGGCUGCGGAUUGCAACGAAAGCUCAGGACUUCCCUCCUGGCGUCACUCAGUGCUGAGGCGUGUUGGCUUCGCAGGAAGCAGGUUUUCCUCUUCUGGCUUUGCAAAGCCCCCUUUUCCGUGGAGCCUCAUGCACUCUGCGGAGCAGCAGCCCAGGCGGCAGGAUGGCUCCCCGGGAGAGAGGCGCUAAGGUGCUGGCCCCCCUCCUGCUACUGCUCGCCCUCCUCGGCCGCCCCAGCGCCGGCCUGGAGGUGCAGCACAAGUUCCUCUCGCCCACCUUGACCAACAACUUCGCCCUGGAUGGGCUGGGCAGCAAGAUCUACCUGGCGGCUGUCAACAGGCUCUACCAGCUCUCCGGCCCCAACCUGACGCUGGAGGUGGAGGAGCAGGUGGGCCCGGUGCUGGAUAACCCCCUGUGCCACGCGCCCCAGCUGCCCCAGGCCUCCUGCGAGCACCUCAAGGUGGAGACCAACAACUACAACAAGAUCCUGCAGCCGGACCCGGAGCAGGGCAUCGUGGUGGUGUGCGGCUCCAUCUACCAGGGCUUCUGCCAGCUGCGCAGCAUGGCCAACAUCUCCGCCGUGGCCGUGAGCUUCCCGCCGGGCGGUGCCGGCGGCGGCGGCGGCGGGGACCCGGUGACCGUCUUCCCCAGCAUGCUCAACAUCGCGGCCAACCACCCCAACGCCUCCACCGUGGGGCUGGUGCUGCGGCCCGCGGGGCCGGCGGGUGGGGGGAGGCCGGACACGCGGCUGCUGGUGGGGGCGACCUACACGGGCUUCGGCAGCCCCUUUUUCCCGCGCAACCAGAGCCUGGAGGACCACCGCUUCGAGAACACGCCCGAGAUCGCCAUCCGCGCCCUCAACGCCCGCGGCGACCUGGCCAAGCUCUUCACCUUCGACCUCAACCCCUCGGACGACAACAUCUUCAAGAUCAAGCAGGGGGCCAAGGCCCGCCACAAGCUCAGCUUCGUCCGGGCCUUCCUGCACCCGGCCCCCCCGCCGCGGGGCCCCGGCGGCGCCUCCUACGCCUACCUGGCCCUCAACAGCGAGGCCAACGCCGGCGACAAGGAGAGCCACUCGCACAGCCUGCUGGCCCGCAUCUGCCUGGCCGAGCCCGGCCGCAACGCCAACGCCAGCGCCGGCGAGACCAAGAAGCUGACCGAGUCCUACAUCCAGGUGGGGCUGCAGUGCGGGGCCGGGGGCGCCGACGGCUUCACCCGCCUGGUCUCCGUCUUCCCGGCCACCGCCGCCCUGCAGCUGGGACCCCCGGCGGCGCCCCAGCCCCAGGAGCUGCUCUUCGGGGUCUUCGAGAGAGCCGCCCCGCCGGGGGCCCGCCAGCACUCGGCGCUCUGCGCCUUCCGCUUCGCCGACAUCGAGCGGAGUAUCAGGCAGGCCAGGAACUCCUGCUUCGUGGAGCCGGACUCCGGGCUGGUGACCGUGCUGGACAGCGUGGUGCAGGGCACCGGGCCCGCCUGCGAGAAGAGGAACAUCCAGCUUCAGCCAGAGCAAUUAGACUGUGGAGCAGCCCAUCUCCAACACCCUUUGGCCAUCCUGCAACCCAUAAAGGCAACACCAGUGUUCAAAUACCAGGGCCUCACCUCGGUGGCCGUUUCCAGUGUCAAUAAUUACACCGUUGUGUUUCUGGGCACAGCAAAUGGAAGACUCCUGAAGAUUAAUCUGAACAGUGCCACGAAGAUUAUUAGCAGGAAGUCAGUUUCAGUGGCUUAUGGGGAAUCCGUUCAUCCCAUCAUGCAGUUUGAUCCUUCUGAUUCCAGCUACCUCUAUCUCAUGACUUCCUAUCAGAUGACCCGUGUGAAGGUGGCUGCCUGUGACCAGUAUACAACAUGUACGGAGUGCCUGGCUGCAGCUGAUGCUUAUUGUGGAUGGUGUACAAUGGAGACCAGGUGUUCUCUGCAGCACGAGUGUAUUAAUUCCACUGAGCCAAAUUUCUGGACGAGUGCGAGUGAGGGAGUGCAGCAGUGUCCUUCAAUGACAAUCAUGCCAUCGGAAAUUAAUCUUGACAAUGAGAACAAGGCCAUGAUCAUCCAAAUAAAUGGGAACAUCCCGAGCCUCAGUGGAAUGGAGAUGUCUUGUGAUUAUGGAAAUAAUAUCUACACUGUCGCCAAAGUCCCUGGAAAUGAUGUAAACUCUUUUAUUUAUUGUAAUUUUCUUCCAAGAGAGAAAUAUCCCGCAUUCCCACCCAAUCAAGACCAUGUGAUUGUUCAAACUGCAAUACGGGUCAACGGCAAAAAUAUUGUCUGGGCCAAUUUCACCAUCUAUGAUUGCAAAAGAACUGGAAAUAUUUACCCCAAAACAGCAUGUACCAGCUGCCUCUCGACCAAAUGGAAGUGUUAUUGGUGCACUAAGAAAUACAUGUGUGUCUCCAAUUACUCUGAUUGUGAGGACUCACUAAAGAUGAAUAGCACCACUGACUGUCCACGGAUUGUACCUGCCUCGCUAGAACCGAUGCCCACGGGGGCUUCUCAGGACAUCAUGAUCUCACUGGCUAAUGGUGCUUUCUCCAAGGAUACUGUUCUGGAAUGUCAUUUUGGAACUGACAGGACGUUUGAAGCCAGAUGGGUGAACACCUCCACCGUUCAGUGCAGCGGUGUCCUGCUCCACACAUCAGAAAAAAGCCAUAUCUUCCCGGUAAACCUUCAGCUGAAGGAUAAGCCAGACAGAUUCAUUGACAGUCCACAGAUGAUGACAGUGGAGGUCUAUAACUGUGCAACUGGAAGCACAGACUGUUCUCAGUGCCUGGGGAGAGAGGACAUGGGGCACCGAUGCAUCUGGAGUGAGAGCAGCUCCAUUUGCAGACUAAACACUGAAUCCCCACAGAUCCCAGUCAUGUGUCCUGCUCCGGAGAUUAGGAAGAUUGAGCCCCUGAGCGGGCCCCUGGAAGGAGGAACUCUGCUCACAAUAAGAGGAAGGAACCUGGGCCGUAGGUUCAGUGAUGUCGUUAAUGCUGUCAAGAUAGGGAGUGUGAGAUGUGCACCACUCUGGGACAGAUACAUGGUCUCUGAGGCCAUUGUAUGCCAGACUGGAGAAGCUCCCUCUAUAUUUUCCGAUGUAGUGACAGUUAACGUAAGCAGGGAAGGGAAAUCAAGGGAGCGGUACUCCUAUGUGCUCCCUGAGGUGCAGUCCGUGGCUCCAGGUGCUGGCCCUAAAGCUGGAGGCACCAAAGUAACCAUCAGAGGGAGUAAUCUCAGCGUAGGAUCUGAUCUCCGCGUCCUGGUCAAUAGUACUAAACAGUGCACAAACCUCACUCGAACUGCUACCACCAUCACAUGCACCAUGCCAGCCGUGGAGCUCACUACGGCUGUGCGACUCUGCGUCCAGUUUGAGAACAAGUCUUGCAUCAAUGAUAACAUCACAUUCAAGUAUGAGAGAAACCCGAUUAUAACAGAUAUCAACCCGACAAGGAGUCAGAUCAGUGGAGGCAGGAUCAUCACUCUGGAAGGACACGGAUUUUUGAUGGUUCAGAAUGUGUCGAUGGUGGUUCACAGCAUCGGGAAAGAACAAACAAACUGUAAGGUUCACACCGACACUAUGAUUACCUGCCCCUCUCCAGCUGCCUCCAACCUCACUGUGGGGAGCAAGCCAGCACCGGUGGACUUCUACAUCAAUGGCCGCCUCUACACGGACGACAGGCUGGCUCCCGAUGAGUACAUGUACCCCGAGGAGGCCCAGCACACCAGCAAGUUCAGCCUGGAGUACUACGCCAACCCCCAGUUCUUCACAGCCAAGAAGGAGAAAUGGAUCAAGCAUCAUCCUGGGGAACCCCUGACUCUGGUUAUACAUAAAGAGCCUGACAACCUAAGCCUGGAAAGCGAUGAGUACCAAGUGAAAAUUGGCCUCCUUUCUUGUGAGAUACAGAUUGUUUCAGACAAAGUCAUUCACUGCUCAGUCAACGAGUCACUGAGCACAUCGGAAAGACAGCUGCCCGUGACGAUCCAGGUUGGAAAAUUCAACCAGACGAUUGCUAUGCUGCACCUUGGGGGAGGCGAGACAGCGAUCAUAGUCUCCAUAGUCAUCUGCAGUAUCCUGCUGCUUCUGUCUGUCGUAGGCUUGUUUGUGUUCUGCACUAAGAGCCGCAGGGCAGAGCGCUACUGGCAGAAAACCUUGCUCCAAAUGGAGGAGAUGGAGUCCCAGAUCCGAGAGGAAAUCCGCAAAGGUUUUGCUGAGCUUCAGACUGACAUGACAGACCUGACCAAGGAGUUAAACCGCAGCCAGGGGAUCCCGUUCCUGGAGUACAAGCACUUUGUGACACGGACAUUCUUCCCCAAAUGUUCCUCGCUCUAUGAGGAGCGUUACGUUCUGCCUUCCCAGCAGCUCAACUCACAGGUUGGGUGUCAGGUCCAAGAAACUCAUCCCUUGCUGUCAGGAGAAUGGAAAAUUCCUGAAAAUUGCAGGCCCAACAUGGAAGAAGGAAUUGCGUUAUUCUCCACCCUGCUCAACAACAAGCACUUCCUCAUCGUAUUCGUCCAUGCUCUCGAGCAGCAGAAGGACUUUGCUGUUAGAGACAGGUGUAACUUGGCCUCCUUGCUCACUAUUGCAUUACAUGGAAAACUGGAGUACUACACCAGCAUCAUGAAGGACCUGUUGGUGGAUCUCAUAGAUGCUUCAGCUUCCAAAAACCCUAAGCUUAUGCUGAGGAGGACCGAGUCUGUGGUGGAAAAGAUGCUCACCAACUGGAUGUCCAUCUGCAUGUACAGCUUUCUCAGAGAGACAGUCGGGGAGCCCUUCUUCCUGUUGCUCUGUGCUAUCAAACAACAGAUCAACAAGGGUUCCAUUGAUGCCAUCACGGGAAAAGCCAGGUAUACUCUCAAUGAAGAAUGGCUGCUGAGAGAGAACAUUGAGGCAAAGCCAAGGAACCUCAAUGUGUCUUUCCAAGGCUGCGGCAUGGACUCCCUGAGUGUUCGGGUCAUGGACACAGAUACUCUAAGUCAAGUUAAAGAGAAGAUCCUUGAAGCUUUUUGCAAGAAUGUCCCGUACUCCCAGUGGCCAAGAGUAGAAGAUGUUGACCUUGAAUGGUUUGCCACAAGCACUGACAGCUACGUCCUGCGGGACCUCGAUGACACUUCAGUGAUGGAGGAUGGCAGAAAGAAGCUCAACACUUUAGCCCACUACAAGAUUCCUGAAGGUGCCUCUCUGGCAAUGAGUUUAUCAGAUAAGAAGGACACCACGCUAAGUCGAGUGAAGGAUUUGGAUACCGAAAAAUACUUUCAUUUAGUUCUUCCAACUGAUGAACUGAUUGAACAUAAGAAGUCCCAUAGACAGAGCCAUAGGAAAAAAGUCCUACCUGAGAUCUACUUGACCAGGUUACUAUCUACAAAGGGAACACUGCAGAAGUUCCUGGAUGACCUAUUCAAAGCCAUUCUCUGUAUGCGAGAGGACAAGCCGCCUGUGGCUAUCAAGUAUUUCUUUGACUUUCUGGAGGAGCAAGCGGAGAAAAGAGGGAUCUCUGACCCUGACACUUUGCAUAUUUGGAAAACCAACAGCCUACCUCUGAGGUUUUGGGUCAACAUUCUGAAGAAUCCCCAGUUUGUCUUUGACAUCGACAAGACUGACCAUAUAGACGCCUGUCUCUCUGUCAUAGCCCAGGCCUUCAUCGAUGCCUGUUCCAUUUCCGACCUACAGCUGGGCAAGGACUCACCUACCAAUAAACUACUGUAUGCCAAGGAGAUUCCAGAGUAUAGGAAAAUAGUGCAGCGCUAUUACAAACAGAUCCACGACAUGCCCCCUCUCAGUGAGCAGGAAAUGAAUGCACAUCUCGCAGAGGAGUCACGGAAAUAUCGGAAUGAGUUUAACACCAACGUGGCCAUGGCUGAAAUAUACAAAUAUGCCAAAAGAUACCGCACUCAGAUAGUGAAUGCCCUGGACUCCAACCCCACCACGAGACGCACGCAGCUGCAGCACAAGUUUGAGCAAGUGAUCGCGCUCAUGGAGGACAAUAUUUACGAGUGUUGCAGUGAGGCCUAGGGGGUGCUCUGGACCGAACCUGCUCCUGGAAGUGACCUUCUCUGUAGUGCACUGUCCACUAGGGAACAUGCCUUUAAACAAAAUAUAUACAUGUAGAUAUAUAUUUGAUUGGUUCUCUUACGGUUACUGUGUCACCACAUUGUUGGUGGGCAUGGCCAUUGGUGAGAUGAGCCAGCAAGGGAUGAGAAGCCACCAAACAACGUUUCAGAUAGCUUCAAAUCCCUUUUGUUGAUCUGCACUGCGUGGUGCCCAUAAUUUAUUUGCUCUUUCAAGCCAAAACUAGAGAUGUGCCACUUUCUAUUUUCCUUUAACCUGCGUGUGAGCAGCCAUCAUCUCCCUGCAUUCCUGCUUCCCGAGAGACUCCUCGCAGACUAGAGCCCAGGCUAGGCAAGCGAUAAUGGUGGAUGCAAAGCAGCGGGGAAGCCUCAGCGAGUGAUGAAUGGAGAUUUCAAAGGCUAUUGGAGCAGCAGCAGAACUCCCUUAACUAUACACCUCUUACUUCUGUAUGUUUUAAAUACCAGGGAAUCUGUUUACUGUACACUAUCUGCUGCAUUAGAUGUUUUUUGUGCCUUUUAUUUUUGUACUGUAUGUGUAAACAUAACCACUCCAUCUGCAACUUGUGCCAGGUGGGGAACUCAUGGACUAGACAGUGAGAUUGCUUCCAAAGUAGUCAAGACAUGCGAAAGCACUUUACCCCUAACGGAAAUGGUAAUUAUCUAGCUGGAAGGAUUGUAUUGUCCAUUUGACAGUCUCAGAGAGGAACAAGUUGGGGCAGCUGUUCCCACUUCCCCAAGUUUCCCAGAUGUUUGUGCACACACUGAACUGGAGUUGACAAAUCUCCCCUAAAUAGCCACUUUUCAUCCAGCUGGUCAUAGGAAUAAUUUUACCUAGAAGUAAAAGGAAAAGAUACGUUAGGGGUCAAAGGGAAAAGUUUUCUUCCCUUCAUACCAUCGUCCCUAUCUUCCAGCAUGCACAACCCACAGUUGAAUUCGUCUCAGUGUAAAUCUGGAGUAAUGCCAGUGAGUUUAACUUGUUCUUUAGUAUCUACACUGGUGGAACAGUGCAGAAUUGGCCAAAGCUGUGCUCCCAAUGUCAGGUAGUCCCGCUGAACAUCUUUUGGAGCUCACACGGUGCUCAGCAGCUGUGAGUUAUACUCAUGGGACUGGUGAAAAUGUAGGACGUUGUGAUGGAAAUAAACUAAAUCAAGGCCAGGAUUAUGGGUCUGUUCCUAAAACAGCUUCUGGGCUUGCUGUGUCUGGCAUGCUGACUUAAAAUGAAUAGAAGGUUAUUGCUGUAUCAGCCCAAACAGCAGCAAAGAAAAUGUAGUGACACUCCAAAUGCCUUUUACAGAAUUAGCCUAGCUAGCAAUCCCUGCAAGCUGGAAUGACGCCAACUAUUUUAGGCUAUUGCGGGACAAAGUCUGCCCACAGGUAAGCCAGUGUAAAUGGAGAGUAACUCCAUUUAAGUCACUCCAAGUCAAUGGAGUUACAUGCCUGUAAAGCUGGAGUAACUGCUGUGACUUGGAGCAACUUUGCUACAUUGCCUCUGGAUUUACAGUGGUAUAACAGAGAAAAAUGUCACCCUAACUUCGCUCUCAUAGGCCUGGUCUACACUACGACUUUAAUUCGGAUUUAGCUGCGUUAAUCCGAAUUAACCCUUCAC